GUUACAGUCCGUCACUCAUUGGCGACGCGUGCCCGUUGGUUGGGUUCGUCGGCCCGUCUCCAAGCACGCUCCAGAUUAUCCGCUGUGUCUACAACAACCCAAUCCCAAGCGUGUUUGGCUUCGAAACCGUCAAUUGUAACUACGACAUCCGCUCCGGAAUAGCGAUGGGGCCGGGCGUCGACCCCCUCUGUCUUGACGCUCUCGUACCCGUGCCACUACCUACGCUCCCCCGCCUUCCUUUCCCGUCGCCCAGUCUUUCACCGACUGUCCCCCCUCUUUCUUCCCUUCCGGCCAUACCGACCCCCACGCCGCAAGCGACUGUUUCGGCAAAUGGUUCUCUUGUGGCGUGCACCAUUCCGGAGAACGGACCGAGCGCUGAGUGCGCCCCAGCUUGUGCGUGUGGCUCUUAUGUGGGCGGCAACCCAGCUGUGGCGGGUAGUCCGGCGACCGUCUGCCAGGCAAGCGUGAUAUGUGCCAACUGCGAUAUUGGCUGCAACACCGACCUAGAUUGCCUGGUUGGGUACAACUGCGCCGGAAGCUGCGGCGGCCACCGCACCACCACCACUUCGACCCACAUUCGAAUGUCAAAGUCGCUUUUCAGCAAGUUCCGUUUGGCUUCACCAAAGGUGUCCGGUCCGAGCGGAACACCAAACGGGCUAGUGCUAGAUGCUCUUCCGUGUACCGUGACCCUCCAUGCCACCGGAAUGGGCCGCAAGCUAGCGGUACAGUUCGGUUCAGGCUCGCGCGCAACGGACCGGCGUCGGGGUGCGUGCAGCAAAAUGGCCGGCCGGGACGCGUGGCAACUACAUCGACCCGGUUCCAGUCCGGAUUGGCCUGCGAAUCAGCGGAACGGACUGGCUGAGGUUGGCGGUAUCAUCGGCCCUAUCCUCGCAACUAGCUGUAGCAAGAUCAUCUUCGGCGCCCUCCUCGACCCUAACCAGCUAGGCGCUAUCCUCGGCGCCCUCCUCGACCUUAUCCUAGACGUUCUUCUCGUCCCAUAUUUCUAUUUUUCCUCGGCGCUAUCCUCAACGCUCGCCGAGAUGCGGGACGACGCAUCUGGGCUGGACGCCCACCUCAUGACGGAGAAACGGCUGCCCCCCGCGGGGCAGUCCCUCUAG